AUGUCAACUCCACCAACACCAUCAACCAACGAAAAAUUAAUUUUCAAAGAUGAUCACCAUGCCACAAAUAUUUCUGAAAAAGUACUCAAAUUCUAUAAAAAAGAAGAAUUCUUCGAUGUUGAUCUCAAAACUAACAAUGAUUCCAUCAAAAUUAAAGCUCACAAAAUUGUUCUAACAGCUUCAAGUGGGUACUUCUUGGAAAUAUUUCGUCAUAGUUUAACAACUUCGAAAACGAUAGAAAUGAAAGAAAUCGAAGGUUCAUCACUUAAACUAAUUAUUGACUUUAUGUAUUCCGGUUCGAUUGAAUUGAGUAUUGAAAAUAUUGAGUCAAUUUUGAAAAGUGCAGUGUUUUUAAAGAUGACAAAUCUAAUCAAUGGAUGUUGUGAUUUUCUUGAAAAAAAUCUCAAUUCUAAAAACUGCUUGCGUUGGUUAAAAUUGAGUAAGGAACUUGGAAUAUCUGGACUUGGUGAUAAGUUUUUGAAAUUUUUCUACACUAACUUGGAAAAAAUAACCAAGGAAAGAGAAUUUUUACUUCUUAAUGAAAAUGAACUCAAGAAUCUACUAUUCAUCAAAAAUGUUUAUAACAACUUGGAGGAGUUAGUGUUUUUAAGCCUGUUGGCUUGGAUUGAGCAUGACAAAGAAAAGCGACAACAUUUGCUUUUGGAAUUACUCUCAAUGGUUCGAUAUCAUCUGCUGACGGCCGAGUUUAUUAUAGAAAAUAUAAAAUCGGUUAGUACAACACUCGAAAACUGUCAUUUAAUUCAUGAUUGGUUGCGAUAUCAUAUGUUACCGAAGUCUAGAACAAUUGAAGAGCAGAAAUUUACUUCAGCCUUAACUGCCGUAACUUCUGAGAUGAAAAAUGAAUUUAAUUCAAAUGAAAAGACUGAGACUCUUAAGCCAACUGAUAAAAUUGGAGCAGUUAACCUAAACAGUGAAAUGGAAAUUGAAAUUCGAAUUUAUAAUGAAGAUUCUAAGAACUGGCCAGUCGAAAAAAGACGGUCAGCUCCUUUUCCAAAAAUGAUGACCCACUAUUCUAUAAUUGUGAUUGAUGAAAAAAUAUAUGUUGUUGGGGGCUUAAUUGAUAAUGAAUCAACAAAAAGGGUCAGUCGCUUUGAUACGAAAACUUUUCAGUGGACUGAUUUGCCUUCAAUGCGAGAUGCCAGAUGUGGCAGCCAGUUGGCUAAUGUAAAUGGACAUUUAUGUGUCUUCGGUGGUUUUCAAAAAUCCAAUGAAACAAAUUUUGUUGAUACGGUGGAAAUUUUCAAUAUUUCGACACAAAAAUGGAAAGUCCUUCAACCACUGUACAAACCGAAUAUAAAAAACAGGUUAACUGGCCAUAAUGGGAUAUUGUAUAUUUUCGAUUUUCGGUAUGGCUACUUGCAAUUUUAUGAUAUAUCUACCGAUAAAUGGACGUCAAUGGAACAACCAGUUGAUGAUGAUGUGCAAGAUUUUCGUUUGGUUGGUGUUGAUAAUUUUUUGUACGCUAUCAUCAUUGGUCCGACAUAUGCUGUACCAUUGCACAAUUCUUAUAUGCAAUUUAAGAGAACUACUGUUAAACGUUUCGAUUUGUCUAAGAAUUCUUGGUCCGAAGUGGCAAAAUUACCUAAUAGUAGUUGCCUUUUUAAAAUGGCCACAGCUAUUGGAAAUAAUAUCAUGUUCUUAAAAGACAAUGGUUCCAUUGUUGAGUACAAUCUUAAAACUAAUGAAUUCAAUAAUUUAAAUACUUCCGGGAAUUAUGAUUAUAUUUGUUCGUUUAAAUACUUAUUCUUAUUUUAA